CAGCCAUGGCCCAGCCGCGCUGCCGCUCCGUGCUCAUCACCGGCUGCAGCCGCGGCAUCGGGCUGGGGCUGGUGCGGGGACUCGCGGCCGCCACCCCCUCCCCGGACUUCGUCCUGGCGACCUGCCGGGACCCCGAGAAGGCGCAGGAACUCCAGCAGCUUAGCAAGCAGUACAGCAAUAUCAAGCUCCUCCAACUGGAUGUGGUCUGUGAAAACAGCAUCAAGAAAGUAGUCAAGGAAGUGGAAGAAAUCGUGGGGGACAAGGGGCUGAACUGCCUCAUCAACAACGCCGGCAUCAACGUGCUGGCCUCCUUGGAAGAGGUGACGGCAGAGACAAUGCUCACCAUCUAUGAAACCAACACCGUGGCCCAGCUGAUGGUCACCAAGGCGUUCCUACCCCUCCUGAGGAAGGCAGCCCAGCUGAGCACAGGAAUGGGCUGCCACAGAGCUGCUAUUAUCAACAUGUCCUCUCUCGCUGCCUCCAUGCAGCUCGUCCAGGCCAAUGAGAUGUUCCUCAAGGUCUAUCCCUACAGGAUAGCCAAGACUGCACUGAACAUGAUCACCAGGUGUCUUGCUGCAGACCUGAAAUCGGAUGGAAUUCUCUGUAUUUCUUUGCAUCCAGGCUGGCUCCAGACAGACAUGGGUGGCAACAUGGCUCCCAUGCAGGUGCAAGAGGCUAUCCCUGGUAUUCUCUCUGUUCUGGAGCGUCUUGGUGAAAAAGAGAAUGGUUCCUUCCUGGACUGGCAAGGGGAAACUCUGCCAUGGUAGAAGUGCACAGGUUACUACAGAAACAGCACGUCAGUCACGAUCUAACCUCUCGUGUCCGUGUCUCUGGGGUUUCCUCACACACUAGUUGAAGUAGCCAGUCUGAUAUCCAGCCUCUCUAGGUGUCUUUGAAAAAUAAAGUGGCUGACUCUUUUCACUUGGUAUUGCUACUGCUCUGUUCUAAUGCUUCCUGCAAACACUGCUGUGCUCUUGGUGGUGGGUAUCUCCUGGAACCCUCUGAAAUGGAUUAACACCUGCAAGUUAAAUCUGGGGGCUGGUUCCUCUUCACUUCCCAAACCAAAGUGGGCCUCUUGCUCUCUGCAGGGUUAAAUGACCUGAGCUCAGAGCAAGGCCAGUGUAGGCUGUCAGAUCCCAGCACGCUCAGUCUGCUGGAGAAAGUCUGCUGUCUCCAGAAAAAAAGGUCCUGUGGUCUCCUUCGGUCCUAACUGAGCCAAGGCUGAAAUUGCCCAGCUCCAAACCACGUGAAUUUGGUACUUCUGUGAAUUCCUUGGCAAACUGUCCCCAGGUUGACAGCGUACACCAGGCGUUGCUUUGUUCCCAGCGGGUGACUAACAUCCUGAUAUGGGGGUGGGAAUGUUGUUUUGUACAUAAACUUCUGAAGUGUCUCCAAUA